AUGGUGGCCUUUCCAGUGUGGAUCACAUUGCUGGGCGCGGCUGUCGCCCAGGCCGAGCUUAGCCCUCCCCGAGCCACCGAAGAGCGCGCGAGACCCGGCGCCGUUCGGUCUUUUGCCAACGUGACGCUGACCAAGGCGGCGCUGAGGGACAAGAUCGACGGAUAUUGGAUUGGACAGCUGGUCGGCAACUUCAUGGGCUUGCCAUUCGAGUUCACGUAUUGGGAGGAGCCGAUGCCCAUCGAGCCGCAAACCUACUGGGACUAUGAAACUGCGAAGGCCGCAAACCUUUCAGUGAAUGGCCCCUGUGAGAAUGACGGCCGCGGAUGCAUUCCCCAGAUUCUGGAUUCACUUCAGGGAGCAUACACUGACGACGACACGGAUGUUGAGUUUGUCACUCUCCAUGCCCUGAUGGAGCAUGGGCUUGAUUUGACCUACCCCCAGAUUGCCGCUUAUUGGCAGAAGUAUGUGCAUAUCUCGGUCAAUGGCUCAGACGCGCUGUGGUUUGCCAACCGCGUGGCGCGCGAGAACAUGGACGCAGGCAUGCUUCCUCCUGCCACGGGCUCAAAGGAGAACAAUGAGUACUGGUGGACCAUCGACCCUCAGCUGGUGAAUGAGCUCUGGAGUGUCAUUUAUCCUGGCAUGAUGGGCAAGGCGGUCGGCCGCGCCCUGUGGGGUGCUCGCAUCACCAGCGACUCCUGGGGCACGCAUCCAACGAGGUUCUAUGCCGCGCUCUACAGCGCAGCGUUCUUUAUCACGGAUGUAAACCUCCUUUACGCUCUAGGCUUCGCCCACGUCCCGAAGCGCAGCCCAUUCCGAAGGGCACUGCGGGAUGUGCGCAAGUGGCAGAAGAGACAUCCAGACGAUUGGCGGGCUGUUUGGACGCUGAUCAAGCGGAAGUACGGAUACUAUCCUGCUGACGCAUGCGGCGAGAUCCCCUGGAACUGCGCUGUCUCUGCCAUCAUCAACGGCGCGCUCGGAGCGAUGGCAUUCCUGUAUGGUGACGGCGACUUCAAGAAAACCAUGGGCAUCGCUAUUGCUGCAGGGUUCGAUUGUGACAACCAGGCAGCCACCCUUGCCGGGCUUCUGGGAGUCAUGCAUGGUGGCAGCGCUAUCCCUCGGGACCUCACUCACGAGAUUGCCGGAAACAACUGGACCGAGGCUUUCAACAACAAGUACGUGAAUCAACGGCGCCCGCCGCUGAAUCCCGAGUACACGAACACCGAGAUCAUUGACAAGAUCAUGAUUCUCACGGAGCGGUCCAUCCUCGAGAAUGGAGGUAGGGACUUGGGCGAUGCCUUCGAGCUCCUUGGCGCGCUUGACGUUGGGGCGUUUGGAGCUUGA